UGGCUGAAAGGGAGAAGGGCUCAUUCGUCCACGAACGGAAACGAAUGAGGCAUUACGAUCGGUCAGUUAUCUGUUACUCAAAGCGAAUGAUGAAAACAGAUCGAUCUGAGUUCAAAUCAGAUAUUCGAUCGGUUCAAAUAGGAACGGAGUCGCUCUCGAAGAGAUCUGAAUUUUCUCCACGAAAAUUUCAUAUUUUGGGUGGAUCGAAAUGAGCACCAACUGCUUAGAAACCAAUGUAACAUUUCCUGUGUACCUCCUGGACAAAGAACCGUUUGGAGUAACCAUCUUACGAAUUGGUUUCCAAAUUGCCCUGGGCUUCUUGGGGGUUAUUGGGAACGUCACAGUCUGUGUGGUAAUUAUCCAAAAGCCCAAGGUACUUGGACCCGCAAGCCAGUACCUCUUCAGCCUGGCGAUAGCAGAUCUUUGUACACUGAUCUUCAAUUUGCCAAUUGCCAUUUUAAAGGAGGAAGAUCCGUUCAGGUGGUCACUUGGCCGAGCCUUUUGCCUGUACAUUAUGCCGACUACAGAAACGUUCUUUGGCGCUGCUAUUUUUUCUAUCGGCUUGAUUGGGUUCGAGAGGUACGUGAACAUCGCUCGAAAAACAGCCCGCGCCCGGAGAAGGCUAUCGUACAAGAAAAGGUGCUUUAUUCUGAUCGGUGUGUGGGCUUCUGCUUUUGCUGUUGGUUCCAUUCCUAUGUAUGCGUUUAUUGAGUACGACUCGUGUCACAAAAUGUGUCACCUUCCCUGGUCGAUGACAGUAUUCAUUACCUACAUCAUGACCCUCACGGUCCUUUGGUACGUAUUUCCUCUGGCUGUCGUCGCUUUUAGUUACAUAAAAAUCGCGCAGCUGGUCUCCAAAAGGACCACCUCUUUACAGGGUAUGCCUUAUGGUUCCACGAGUAUGGGAAACCUUCACUCCUCAAGUAUCAAAACCAUGCUGCGCCAAAAAAGGAAGACGUAUCGCAUCCUUACACCUUUAGUAAUUUUGUUUGCGGUGUGCAUGCUCCCACUGACUCUGCUCAGAUUGGUUGCGAUAUUUUGGACAGAGAUUGCUUUCAAGCCAUAUUACACUGUUCUGCUUACUCUGAUGGUUGUAUCAACGAUAUUGAACUCUGCUGCAGACCCAGUCAUCUACUGCGUUGUAAACAGGGAGUUCCGCCAGCAAGUUAAAAGUAUUUUUGGUGUUACCCGCCUUUUUCAAAAGCUUGGGAGAUUUAUUAGCAUCAGAAGUUUAUCUUUAAAGGGAAAAGGAAGUUUCACAGUUUCUGUCGAAAGCCAAACAUCACAAACCACCCGUUUGUAGAAACUUAGGGAGAGGAGACUAGGACCUUUAAAUAGUAGAGCGGCCGUAAGAACUAUAGAAGCAAAUGAGAAAAGCAAAGAUAACCAACUUCGAUUACACUUUUAUUUUCACAUGCAAACGUAUAAGGCAUGAUAAACAUUGGUUAUUAGUUGAAGGAUACAGCUGGAUGCGAAAAUUUUUAUGCUGGACUUAUAGCUAAAAGAGGUGUAUCAUGAAAUAAAUAUAACAUUAUUCUAACUCUCGCUCAGAUUUUUGUAAUCUCGAUUUCAAUGUGUUGUGAACGUGCAGUUCGAAUCACUUUUGUGUGUCGGCUGUUUGUCACGGCAUAACUGCUACGAACCGAACAUAACGACCCAACGUAAAGUCAUCAACGUUACUAAAUACAAUAUGUAUUUAUUGAGUUUCUCUUUUUUUUGAGACGUUGUCUGCGAAUACGCAUUAAUGUUUGUGCACUGUGAGAGCAAAGAGUUUCCUUUGUUACAGAGGCGCUACUUUCCAAAGUUUUUCUCUAAACUGAAAGUUAAAUUAAAGUAUUUGUAAUUAUGUGGUCUGUGAUAUCAACAGAACAGCUUAUAAAAUGUGUUAUGGAUUAAUUGGCCUGAUAAUUCUAUUUUUCUGUGUCACCUUGUCUUUCACUUC